CACCUUUCCUACCUACUCCUCCACCCCUCUCCCCCAACUUAAGGUUCUCCUUUCCCUAUCGUUUUCCUCUUUCCUUAACCACCUUAAAACUUCUUUUUUUGCCUCUCUUGUGGCAUUUAUCAGGCAUCACCGUUCAUUCCUCACUGCCAUCAGGCAAUAAUUUUCACGAGUAAUCAAAUCUGUACUCCUAUCUCUUGUCCUGCCUGGUCCUCGCCAAAUCUCGACUCCAACUACCAGUCAUCCCCGCUCUCCAGUCGCAAAAAGCAAAAAUGGGCAGCAAGUACGAAGAACCUCCCGCAUACCACGGCCCGCCCCAGCCUCAGCCUCCCCAACAAGCCUACGGCGGCUACCAACCCGGUCCUGAGAUGAUGGGCGCUCCCCCUCCAGGUGGCCAACCUUACUACGGCUCACCUCCCCCGCAGCAGGGCGGGCCGUACCCUCCUCCCGGCCCCAACAUGUACGGCAGCCCGCCCCCGGGCCAGAUGUACCCUCCGCCCGGUCAAUAUCCUCCGCCCCAAAGCGGUUUUCACGAUAACCGUGGUACCGACGGCGCCGCCGGCGGUGCUGCCACCGGUGCUUUGGCCGGUAUUUGCGGUGCCCUGGCCUGUUGCUGCUGCUUGGACGUCUGCUGCUUCUAAGCUACAGCGGUACAUGCGGUACCAGGGUGCCAGGGUACUUCAUGAUCGUCUCUAAAGGAUAAGAGACGCUCGAGGAGAAAUACCGAGAAAUCGAGCGAUAAAGCGAAGCGUAACAAGCGACAAAGCCAUCGAGAACGAAACCGAAGCUUCCUCCUUCUUGAUUUCAGGGGAAAGGCGGGAAAGGAGCCACAAAGAAGGCU